CAGGCCUCUCUAAUAUUAUGAAGUGGGAGAACUUGCACAAUUAGUGGUUGACUAAAUACUUAUUUGCCCCACUGUAAGUGAUUUCUUUCAAGCAAAUAUAUCAGGAAAAAUAUGUAAAUAAGUGCAUAGAGAACCACAACUAUCUGGGAUUUCGCUGUACAUGUUGCUCUUUUAGAACCACACGACAGGACCUGAAAACGUUGCCAUUUUACGACACUGAACUUCAGGAAGGCUCGCUCAAUUUCCAAGAAGUACAAACAUUUUAGAGGUUCGACCGUCAGCAUGUUUGUGGGGACGAGCUUACAGCCUCACUUUCUAUUUCGAGCCAAAGCCGAUCGGCGCGAGGCGAUUCGAAGAAAUGGUCUCGGGAGCCUCGCGUGCACUGACCAAUAUGGCCGCCAUAUGAGCGUUCCUUUUAAAGUCGCAGUGUCUGCUGUUUUGAAUUGCCUUACUUGCGUAGUACUGAUUUGCCUUUGACAGGUCUUUUUGCCGCCUUCUGGGACAAGUCCAAUUGUUUGCCAGUGUCCCACUUAUUUGCCUCUUCAUUAUUUUUCUACCAUUUUUACAGCUUUCUGUAUUUUUUCAGUACUUAUUUUUUUACUCCAAAGCAAGCAGAUUCUACAAAGGAGUAUUCAGGCCAUGAUCUGAAGAAGAAAAACAAAGCACUAUGAGAUUAAAGUCAUCAUUUUACGACAAAGAUGUUGAAUAUUUUGAGAAAAAUGUUCAUCUGACUUGACUUUAUUCUUAAAAUACGACGUACUCGACUUACACGAUUUCGACUUUACAACGCCGGAGUCUCCUCCGCCAUAUUGUCUCUCAGUCGUUUUUUUUUUUUUUUUUCCGUCACGUAAACUACUCCACAGCAUGUUCUUUUUUACUUUAUUAAUGUGACGUGUUCUGGCCUUGUUCAGCUUUACAGAUAGCAAACAAGGCAAUUGUGCUUUUUGAAGCUUUUUCCUUCCUUCACUUUUGAGAAUUUUAAAAACUUUUAACACACAUAUGUACACUUAUGUUUCAAAACGACACACAUUUUAACAAUAAAACACGACACAAAACAAUCAUGUUCAAACGUCCAUCUCGUCUGAUCAAUAUGUACAUCUAGUAGAUUAAAUUAGCCUAAUUUGCCUAAAAAAAGUCCGCUAGCUUAAAUGCUAGCCAUGCACACCAAUGUGAUGUAGACUGCGGCGUAUGGUCUGAGCACUAACAGGUUGACCCUCCCACCUCUUCAAUCUCUGCAGCAAUGCAGAGCACUCCUGUAACGAGUCACAUGACAUUUUGGAGGGAAAAUGACAAGCAGUACUCAAUGGCCCUCGAAGACCAGGGUUGGCCACCCCUGCUCUUUUAUAUAAGCUGCACAUAGACUAAGGGGCAGUUUACAUGACGACUCUGCGACACAAAGACGCAAUGACUGAGUUGCGGACUUGCCUCGCGUGCCUAUGGUGUCGACAAAGACCGAAGGCGAAGACAAAAAAUCCUGAAUCCUGCUUCCAAAGUGGAAGAAUCCGAUUGCGGGGGGUCGAGGAGGGCUUCCUCGGCAUGCAUAUCAAAGGCUCCUGCGGCGCGAGACCGCGCUGCUAACGUCAGCACUCGUACACGUCACAUUGGGCGUGCACAGCGGUGCUACUAAACAUUAAAAACGGCAAAUAUGGCGGAAUGUCUGCUUUAAUUUAUUGUUUUAAUAAUAUUUUUAAAUCAAAUAUGUUGAACGUUUCAAUUUUUGUGCCUUUUUGAACAAAAGAAAAAUGACAUUGCUUCGAGUGGGCGGGGAUACUUUUUUCUGGGCUGAGGGAGGUUGGUGGGGUCAGAGUGCAUCAUUCUCUGUCGCCCAGUAAAUCUGCACUGCCCCCUAGGGCCUGGCAUGAAUACUACAUCGUUUUCAUGCGGAAUCGCGACAUUGUUCAAAUGGAGACGCAAAUGCAAAUUUGAAAUUUUUCGUAUUCUCGGAGAGUCAGCAUGUAAACGGCCACUAAUUUUCAUCGUGUCAAAGUGUCAUUUUAUCAGUGUUGUCCCAUGAAAAUAUAUACUUAAAUAUCUGCAGAAAUGCAAGGGGUGUACUCAUUUUUGUGAUAUAUCACAGAAAGGGUGACAAUUAAUAUUACUUAAAAACAUGACCUAAACUGUUAAAUUCUAAAAAAUUGUUCCCUCUAAAAUAAUUAUGACAUAAAAAUACAAAACUUUUUUCUUCAAAUGCAUGACUGCAUUCUCAUUACGACGUUAAGCUAAAAAAUAGGGCUGUCAAACGAUUAAAAUUUUUAAUCGAGUUAAUUACAGCUUAAAAAUUAAUCGUAAUUAAUCGCAAUUAAAACCAUCUAUAAAAUAUGCCAUAUUUUUCUGUAAAUUAUUGUUGGAAUAGAAAGAUAAAACACAAGAUGAAUAUAUACAUUCAACAUACGGUACAUAAGUACUGUAUUUGUUUAUUAUAACAAUAAAUCAACAAGAUGGCAUAAACAUUAUUAAGAUUCUCUUAAAGCGAUCCAUGGAUCGAAAGAUUUGUAGUUCUUAAAAGAUGAAUGUUAGUACAAGUUAUAGAAAUUUUAUAUUAAAACCCCUCUUAAUGUUUUCGUUGUAUUAAAAUUUGUAAAAUGUUCAAUCAAAAAAUAAACUAGAAGCUCGCCAUGGUUGAUGUCAAUAAUUACACCAUGCUCACUCAUGGUGUAACACAGGGGUCUGGAACCUAUGGCUCGCGAACCAGAUAUGGCUCUUUUGAUGGCUGCAUCUGGCUCGCAGACAAAUCUUCAGUUAUUCAAAAAAAAAAAAAAAAAGUUUCGUUAUGUAAUGGGAAGGGGGCUAGGACCUCAGGGGGAAACCUGGCGGGCGUAAGAGCCACAGGGGAAGCGUUAAAAAUAGCAACCAGUAAGGGGCGCUCACAUAUUUUCCAUUAGCAAACUAGUGAUCAGGCGACAUUCGGGACACUACAGGUGCGGCAGUGGAGAACGUCUAAAGUCAGAUGAUGCGUGUGGCAGUCGGUUGAAAUAAUAGCUAUAGAUCUGUAGCGUGGUGCAGACAGGGAUUAAAUGCUUCAGUCUGUUGCUACACAUUUAAUUUUGCUUUAUUUUCAUUGUUUCUUGUACAGCUGAAACAAGAAAAAAAACAACGUCCGUCUCGCAUUGCUGCACACACACGGCUCAUUUCUUAUUCGCUCUGAAAUGUGGAUUCUUACAUAAUUAUAUUAAUAAACAAAUACAAGUUUUUGUGACAAAACAUUUAACUUCUGCAUUUUAGACACUACUAGCAUUCACUCGUUGUUAUGUCCUCUGGUCUUAUGUUGACUACUUUUUGGGUUUAAUUUCUUUCUAAGAUUGUACAUUGUUCAUCCGUCCACAGGAUGUCGCUAUUCUAACUCAGAAUCUUAAGUUUUUCUUUGGUAUUGCUGUUUGCGCUCGGCUUCCCCUAGUGGCGACUUGCUGUAAGCAGCAGGCAGAAAGAACUUUUUAUUUCAGUUGGAAAAGAGGCCUUGAGGUGUUAAGACGUUACACACCUCCUCUGCACCAUACAUCGUUGGGAACCCUUGACAAAACAAAAUCUUUUUACCACACACACGCACACACGUUGACACAAAGAAAUAAAUGAGAGGAAGGAGUUCGGGCCUCCAAGUUUCUUUGUCGGUUUAGCUCGCUGCCAAAGUCGAGUAGCCAUACGCUCGGCUGAGGGCAGAAGAGUAAAAAGAUUUUCAACACAUCAAGCACCCAAGAUGUCUCAACAAGAAGUUUCACCACCUAUCAGCCAAGUGGUCACCAGGUCGGAGGCCAGUCAUUCUCAUUCUUCACGCCGGUCCAGAACGAGUCAAGCUGCUGCACAAGCACGAGCAGACGCCGAAGCUGCCUACGCCAGAGCACGGUACGCCAAACGCCAAAUCGACAUGGAGGUCGAGAAGGCACGCAUCGAGGCAACACUACACGCUCUGAAGACGGAAGGUGAAGCAGAAGCAGCGCUCGCCGCAGCUAAAGUUUGGGAGGCGACUUUCGAAGAAGAGGAGCGCGCCAAAGUCGACCUCAGCGAGCAAGGGGUAUUUUCCAAGACACCCCCCUCCAUCAGGCGUGCACAAGAGUAUGUGCAUGCUCACUUUGACGACCAGCGUGUGCAAGCAGAUGGCACACAAACGCCAAACACUGAGCACCUGGUUAGGCACAAUGACUCUCAACAACCAGAAAAUAGCCCAAAAUCAGCUGGUGCUUUUCCACAUGUGCGUCACAUCGACAUCGCUGACGAAGAGCAUCUCCAAUCUCAUCGUGCGAGAACGGACAUCUCACACCAGCCUACACCUUCAGCAACCCCACAAAGUGAACUGUCCAAUUUAGCAGCCUAUCUAGCACGGCGUGAUCUGCUGACAUCGGGGUUCAAGGUUUUCGACAACCGGCCAGAGUCCUACCUGUCCUGGAAGUCCAUGUUCUGCAACGCGACGGAAGGCCUCAAUCUCAAGCCCAGCGAAGAGCUCGACCUUCUCACCAAGUGGCUCGGCGGGGAGUCUCUUCAACACGCUCAGAGGAUCAGGGCGGUCCACGUGAGUAAUCCACAGGCAGGUCUCCAACGUCUGUGGCAGCGGCUAGACAAGACUUAUGGCUCUCCAGAGGUAAUUGAAUCCUCACUCUUCCAACGGUUGCAGACUUUUCCAAGAAUCUCCAACAAAGACACUCACUUACUGCAGGAGCUUGCUGAUCUUCUGUUAGAGCUAUCGUAUGCCAAAAGUGAAAGUUAUUUGCCGGGUCUUAGCUUUCUCGACACACCAAGGGGCAUAAACCCGAUAGUUGAAAAACUCCCAUAUGGACUCCAGGAGUCAUGGGUUACACAAGGUACCAAAUACAAAAGGGAAAACGGUGCAGUCUAUCCACCUUUUUCGUAUUUUGUGCGGUUCGUAAAUGACUACGCUGAAAUGAGAACAGACCCUAGCUUUAUGUUACAGUGUUCAAACGUAAUAAAUCCAAGGGUUGAUAAGACAUCAGUAAGACGAGACAAAUACAGAGUUCCAUUGGCGGUGAAUAAAAUAGAGAUCAGUCCGGCUAAAUUGACAGCACCCGAUCCAGACAAACAAUGUCCUAUCCACCAAAAACCACAUUCACUCGUCAAAUGCAGGGGGUUUAGAAUGAAAACACUAGACGAAAGAAAGAACAUUCUCAAAGAGCACGCCAUUUGUUUUAAAUGUUGUGCGUCCACAAAUCACAGGGCUCGAGACUGUAAAGCUAUUAUCCAAUGCUCAGAAUGUGAUAGCGAUGCUCAUGUGUCUGCCAUGCAUGUCGGUCCACCUCCAUGGACACCUCAAGACUUUAAUCCCCCAACCCAGAGUCACGGCGGGGAGUCUGAGGGCCCAAAUCCUGUGAACACAGCCAGUUGCACAGAAGUAUGUGGGCAAGGCGUAAAAGGAAAAUCAUGCUCAAAGAUCUGUUUAGUUAAUGUAUAUCGCCGAACUUCUCCAGAAAAGAAAAAGAGGGUAUAUGCCAUGUUGGAUGAUCAGAGCAAUUCAUCCUUAGCCAGAUCUGCGUUUUUUGACAUGUUUAAUGUGCAAGGUACCAUAUUCCCAUACACCAUGAGAACAUGUGCAGGUUUAUCAGAGACACAAGCCGUAGGUGCGGUAGCAUACCUCAAACUCACAAAUGAGGACGGACACAGCGAAGUGGGAUUCCUCCUCGGCAAAGCACGUUUAGCUCCUAAACCAGACAUCACCAUACCCCGACUUGAACUCUGUGCAGCAGUCCUGGCCGUGGAAGUAGCAGAGUUGGUUCUAGAGGAGCUGGAUGUCACAGUCGAUCAGCUCUCCAGCUCCACCUGGCUCAGAGGCCCAGCUUUCCUCUCCAGGUUGGACCAAAGUCAAGUUCGAAGUCAAACCUUCGAUCUCAUAGACCCAGAGACUGACUGUGAGUUGCGUCCUGAGGGCUCCUUAAAGUUGGAGGCCGACUAA